CCCACUUGUUGCUUCAGUACAGCCCCAUUCAGUAGGAUGCUCGCCCUGUAGCAGGAGCCUCUCCGUUCCGCCGCGGUGAAGCUCAUGAAAUCACAGCCGACUCCUUCAUCGCAGCACCGUUAACCAGCCGGGAGACCUCUUUGACUGUACAGUACAUUUUGUGAAGCAUCAUGGAGGCCGAGUGCACCGCGGGGGGCGCUGAGGAGCUCAACUCGGAAACCUCAGCACCCAAAGCGCGUGCUGGAUCACUGCACAAGCAUUCCCAUGAACUGGCCGAAGCCCUGGAGGUAGAACAAGAGGGACUGGUAGAGCACCAGCCUCUGGAGCAGGACGACCUCAACUUUGAGAGAUGGAAACCUAAGCCAAAGCCCAAGAGAACGCUGCAUGAGAAAAUUGGAGACCUUAAAACGUACCUGUGGAACCCCGAGACCAAGGAGUUCAUGGGCCGCUCAGGAAAGAGCUGGAGCCUCAUUCUUUUCUUCUACUCAGCGUUGUACAUUUUCCUUGCGGCCAUGUUUGCUGGCUGCAUGUGCUGUCUGAUGUGGUCCAUCAGCCCCUACGCUCCAACCUACAACGACAGAGUGAUGCCUCCAGGCAUGACCAUGACCCCACAUGUUCAUGAUGUUCAUGGAUUUGAGAUUAUCUUCAAUGCCUCGGAUCGCAGCUCAUGGAAGAAGUAUGCCCGAGCGCUGGAAGCUCAGCUUAAACCCUAUGAUGAUGCAGUUCAGGAGAGGCGUAAUAUUGCAUGCAUGCAGGAUGCAUAUUUCAUGCAGGACGACCUGGAGGAGAGCGCUGAGAGAAAAUCGUGCCAGUUUAAGAGGUCCUGGCUGGGGCCGUGUUCUGGGCUGCAGGAAAGGGACUUUGGCUACUCUGCAGGAAAGCCCUGCAUCCUCCUCAAAAUGAACCGGAUUCUUGGGUAUUUCCCUGGACAAGGUACUCCGGUGAACGUUGACUGUGGGGUUAAAAAAGGGACACCUGAGGCCCUUGGAGAUGUUGAAUUCUAUCCAAAAAACAUUUUCAACUUGAUGUACUAUCCUUACUAUGGCAAGCUCAGACAUGUAAACUACACUUCUCCAUUGGUGGCUGUGCGCUUUCCUAAUCUCCAGCUUGACACUCAUCUACAUGUUCAAUGUAAGCUAAAUGGCAAGGGCAUCAUCAAUGAUUCACCUACUGACCGCUUCCUCGGUAGUGUGUCCUUCACUCUAGAAGUGGGAGCAUAGUGCUAGAGUAGGCCUGCAAAGGAACAAAACUUAAACUUCUCAGUGUACAUUAUGGUUAAAUAGUCCACUGUACUUUCAUUGCCCAUGUUGUCCCGCCUCUGUGCCUUCCACUUGUAUUUAAUGCAACAUUAUUGCAUACAGCGUACUCGCCCACGGUCAGAAUGCUCCAGUAGGCUAGUGUAGUUUCAACUGAAGAGCAGCGAACACUGCCGUUACAGAAUAUAAUAGUAAAAAGAUUUAUUUCAUUUCAUCCUGUGUUAAUAUUUUCUAGGUUAGCCAAUAAUCAAGUGUAACAAAUGUAGUUUUUAAGACAAACUUGUUCAAAUGCAGACUUAUACACUGUACAGUAUGGAGAUCUAUGGCAUCAGUUUACUAUAGAGAAUUAACUUGUAAGUCUCUACUUUCAGUCAGAUGGUACAUUUAUAUAGCUAAAUAUAUGUAACUUUAAAUGACGAACAGUAGGAUUUCUUUUUUUGGGUUUUACAUGACAGUGACCCAUUUUUUUGCUUCUUUUGUAAAAGUCUAAAAUCUGUCAGGCCAUACAAGGGAUGAUUUUGUUUAACGGAUUAAAUUGCUCUUUUAUAAAUAAAUGGAUCAAAGAAGAAGCAAAAGCAAAAACAGAUUUAUGUGAAUUACUUUAACCAAUAUAUGGGUGCAAUGAAUUAGCUGGAAAAAGCCCAUUAAGGCCAGUUGGAUUUACCAAAAGAAAUAUUUCACUUAUUUUAAUAUAUAGUAAUAUUUCUAAUACUGAUAUAUGCUAAGUGAAUAAAUUUAGUGCUUAUAGAUUAAUAUAUAUAGUGAUAAUACAUAUGAAUACUCCAAGCCUUCAUUCUGGUAUAUGAAGCACCCAAGAACUUGAGAUACAAGUGUAAGAAAUGUCAUUUGUGCAGCUGUUCAUUGGAAAUAUGUAUAGCCAGUUUAACCUUUACAGAAUUUGAACUGUAUUUCUGUAAAAAAUUCCAUAGUGUCACCAGAUCAGAUACGUAAACCCAAAAUCUGUUAAAAAAUUAUUCGGAUUUGAAUGGCCUUUGUGAAAAAGUAAUCCCAGUAAAAGCAGUAAACCUUCUAUCACAGUGCUUGCUCUUUUUUUAUAACAAUCUGUUGUGUUUUAGAAUUGAUUUCUUUGUACUACAUAAAGAACUAAAUUGAUUUAUGUUUAUUAGUACCACUAAUUUUUUUUUUUUGCUCAGAGACAAAUGUAUUUUUCCAGAGACAAAUGUAUGAAUUGUGGUUCUUUUCAUGAUCUUAUCAGUUAUAUUAUAAAAUUUAUUUUCUUGAAGUGAAACAUAACCUGACCUCUCGAGCAGAUAGUGAACAUUUUACACGCACAAACACAAUCCCAGAAUUAUGUGCAGUUCAGUAUCAUUAUAGGGUGGGAAAAAAAACAUUGUGCCUGCUUGGUUUUCUGUAAGAAGGACUUCAACAGUAUUAUUUAUUAAUUGUGUUUGCGUAAUUGACAUGGUACAAUCAGUUAUCAAGAGUGGUGGUUAGAUGGAAAUCAGAAACUGCAUGUUGGCGGUUCAGUGAAUGCGGUGAACCAUCAAACAGCAGACAAGCGUGCCGGCUCAUGUUUUUAAGAAGCACUCCUAAUGUUCUAGACAUAAUAAAGAUGGAACAGAAUUAACGAAA